AUGGCCACCUUGACUGUUGUUCCUGUGGCUCUUCCUGAAGACAAAGUACCGACUAAACUCAAUGUCAGAGAUAUAGUCGGCUUUUUCCUGCCCGAAUGGCGAUAUCUGGAUCCAGAGACCCUGACCAUGGCAUACCAUGCUUCAUUUGUCAACGCCCAUUGUCCCGUGGAACGACCAGCUUUACCAGAUGAUUCAUCCUCCCAGCCUGCCAAGGUGUUUAUCAAAUUCCACAUUCGCACCGAGGGAGAUCCCGAAGUCUUCAAGCCACUGGUGCCAAGCAAACAGGAGGAGGCGGUCCUCACCUACGAGUUUGGUCGGUCCCGACUAGGAGCCAAGGUGUAUGGAUUCUUCCAGACACAGGAUGGCACGCUGGGACGAAUUGAUGAGUUCUUGGAUGCACGAAAUAUGGAGCCGGAGGAUGUCGAAAAUCCGGCUAUCCGAGCAGAUGUUGCCAAGGCUUUGGCAACACUUCAUACUUUGAAAACUUCAUUGAAGAAGAAGCCCUUUGAUGUGUCCUGUGGUGCUAUCAUCAAUGGUCUGGAGAAGUACCAUAUGAUGAACAAGUUGAAGACACUUGGGAAGAAAGGAGGUGUCGAUGUGGACCGUCUCGUUGACUACGACUUUGGCACCAGGCUGAAAAAAGUUCUGCACCAGCUGCAGUCUAUUGGAGGUAAGACAGGAUGGUGUAUGCACGACGUACAGUUUAUGAAUGUUAUGGUGAAACAUGCGCCGGAGGAAGGAGAAAGCAAAAUCGCCUUGAUCGACUUGGAAUUCGUGAUCCCAAACUACCGAGCUUUGGAUAUCGGUGGGCACUUUAUGCAAAAGAUGUUCAAGUGGUUUGACGAAGAGAGCAAGAUUGCGAACUGCCGAAAGUAUACAGAGGAAGAGAAGAGAGAAUUCUGCCAGGAGUAUGCCACUCAGUGGAACAUGCUCACUGGUGACUCGGACCCUGGAGAUCAGGUGUUUUUGGAAAGUGAAUUCGGAUACAUGCUGGCACUUGCCUUUGAUAUUCAUAUGAUGCUGUGGUUCAUGGAAAAAGAGAACGACCAUGACCCCUUGAAUCUUCUCGGAUUGAACAAGCUAUUUGAAGAGUUUGUGGGCCAGUAUACUAAACUUGGGCUAGAGAAGCACUAA